CUUAAUUAAGUAUAAAAAGUCGAACCCCCACGAAGUAAGAAAACAUUAGACAGCAUUUAAACAAACAAAUAUGAAGCUAUACAUUGCUCUUCUGUUGGGACUUUUUCUAAGAGUUCAAACUUUUCCCACCAAUCAACAUUAUGAGGAUUUUGAGGAUCCUAAUGCCGUUUGGCCAAUUCCCCAGAGAAAUGGAAGUAUCCUUUGGAUGACUGAAGAGAAAGCUAUGAUCGAAGCUACUCUUACCGAAGAGCUCCACCAAACAACUUUUAAGACAAAUAGAUCAGAUAAAGUUCGUUUCUUCUUAUACACCCAGGACAAUCCAACUGAAUCCGUUGAAAUCUUCCUAAAUGAUGAAGAAUCUUUGAUGAGGUCGAAUUUCAAUGCCAACAAUCCUACAAGAUUUGUGAUACAUGGAUGGAUGACAGAUCACAAUAGUUUAUUUGCCACAAGAGAAGCCCUUCUGCUAAAUGGCGAAGAGAGAGAGCUUAAUUAUAUAUCUGUGGACUGGAGUGUCUACGCCGAAACUAUAAACUACAUUUCUGCAAAGCAAAGUUGUUCGAAGGCUGGCCAAAAAGUAGCAGAGUUCAUUGAUUGGCUGCAUGAUGUUGCAGGUCUUUCCUUUGAAACCCUGGCUCUUUAUGGACAUAGUCUGGGAGCUCAUGUGGCCGGAUUUACUGGAAAGAAUGUGCAGCGUGGAAGAGUUCACACUAUUGUUGGUCUGGAUCCAGCAAUGCCUCUUUUCAGUUAUAAGAAGACCGAGAAACGUCUAUGUGACACUGAUGCUGAGUAUGUUGAAACUAUUCAAACAAAUGGUGGAUUGUUAGGUUUCUACAAACCUAUUGGACAAGCAUCGUUCUAUCCGAAUGGAGGAAAACAUCAGCCAGGAUGUGGAAAUGAUCUUACAGGUUCAUGUUCACAUGGACGGUCAAUGGCCUAUUUCGAAGAAGCUCUGACUUUGGGACAUAGAAACGGCUUUACUGCUGUUGGAUGUAGUGAUUUUGAGAGUCUUAAGAUUGGAAACUGCAAUCAAUAUGGAUCAGUAUCGAGAUUAGGAGAUCCGAUAAAUGCUCAAUUUGCAAAUGGUAUUUACUAUUUAGAAACAAAUUCGGAAUCACCGUACGGAAGAUUAAUUAAAUACAAUAAGAACGACUAACAAUUUAGAAUGAUUAAGAAUAAGGAAUAAAUGAAUCUGUUGAAUUAAGUAA